AUGUCUGCAGAAGGAAUUACUGAAGUUGAAGAAUCACAAAUUCUAACCAACUAUGACAAAGUCGUUUACAAGUUCGAUGAUAUGAACUUGAACAAUGAGCUAUUGAGAGGUGUUUUUGGUUACGGUUUCGAAGAGCCAUCUGCUAUUCAACAACGUGCUAUUUUGCCAAUCGUUGAAGGUAACGAUGUUUUGGCCCAAGCCCAAUCUGGUACCGGUAAGACUGGUACUUUCUCUAUCGCCGCUUUACAAAGAAUUGAUGCGACUUUGAAAUAUCCACAAGCUUUGAUCUUGGCACCAACCAGAGAAUUAGCUUUGCAAAUCCAAAAGGUUGUCAUUGCUUUGGCUUUCCACAUGGAUGUUAAAGUUCAUGCCUGUAUUGGUGGUACUUCUUUCCAAGAAGAUGCUGAAGGUUUGAGAGAUGCUCAAAUUGUCGUUGGUACCCCAGGUCGUGUCUUUGACAAUAUUCAAAGACGUAAAUUCAGAACCGAUCACAUUAAGAUGUUCAUCUUGGAUGAAGCAGAUGAAAUGUUGUCUUCUGGCUUCAAAGAGCAAAUUUAUCAAAUUUUCACAUUAUUACCACCAACUACUCAAGUCGUUCUUCUAUCUGCUACCAUGCCAAAUGAUGUCUUGGAAGUUACUACUAAAUUCAUGAGAAACCCAGUCAGAAUAUUGGUCAAGAAAGACGAAUUAACCUUGGAAGGUAUUCAACAAUUUUACAUCAACGUUGAAGAAGAACAAUUCAAAUAUGACUGUUUGACUGAUUUGUACGACUCCAUCUCUGUUACCCAAGCUGUUAUUUUCUGUAACACCAGAAGAAAGGUUGAAGAACUAACUCAGAAAUUGAAGGCUGAUAACUUCACUGUUUCUUCUAUCUAUUCCGACCUACCACAACAAGAAAGAGAUGUCAUCAUGAAGGAGUUCAGAAGUGGUUCUUCCAGAAUUUUGAUUUCCACCGAUUUGUUGGCCAGAGGUAUUGAUGUCCAACAAGUUUCCUUGGUUAUCAACUACGAUCUUCCAACUAAUAAAGAAAAUUAUAUUCACAGAAUUGGUAGAGGUGGUCGUUUUGGUAGAAAGGGUGUUGCUAUCAACUUUGUUACAAAUGAAGAUGUUGGUGCUAUGAGAGAAGUCGAAAAGUUCUACUCUACUCAAAUUGAGGAAUUACCAGCUAACAUUGCUGAAUUGUUUUAA